CCAACAUACAUUCCCCAAUUCGCUUGAAUCCCUAAAAUCUUCUCUUUCCUUCUUUUCGCUCUCCUUCGCGCCCAUCACAGGUUCCACUGAUCCACCCACCGCCACUCGCCACCGUCCACCGUCAAGUCUCUGCCGGAAUACUACCUUUUAAGGAUUUUGUUCAAUGGGAAAGGACCAACAUGUAUUUGUCAAAGAUGCUGUUUUCAAACUGCAAAUGUCCCUUCUUGAGGGCAUCCAAAAUGAAGACCAGCUGUUUGCAGCUGGAUCUGUGAUAUCAAAGAGUGAUUAUGAAGAUGUUGUGACCGAACGAUCCAUCACAAAUGUGUGUGGUUAUCCACUCUGCCACAAUUCUUUGCCAUCUGAUCGGACCCGGAAGGGUAGAUAUCGGAUUUCACUAAAGGAGCACAAGGUCUAUGACCUGCAUGAGACAUACAUGUUUUGUUCAUCGAGUUGUGUUGUUAACAGCAAAACUUUCGCCGGGAGCUUGCAGGAUGAGAGAUGCUCAGUUUUAGACUCAGAGAAACUAAACAAUCUUCUUAGACAUUUUGCGGAUAUGAAUCUAGAACCAUUGGAGAAGUUGGAAAAGAGUGGUGAUUUGGGUUUGUCUAACUUGAAAAUUCAGGAGAAAGAAGAAACCGGCACUGGAGAGGUGUCUUUGAAGGAGUGGGCUGGACCUUCAAAUGCAAUUGAAGGUUAUGUACCAAAACCAAGAGACAGUGAUUCCAAGGGUUCUUCUCGGAAAAAUAUUAAGAAAGGGGCCAAAGGUGCUCGUGGCAAGUUGAACAGUGACAAAAAUUUAAUUAUUAAUGACAUGGACUUCACGAGUACUAUAAUUAUGACCGAUGAGUAUAGUGUUUCGAAAGCACCACCAGGUCAAACAGACACCAAAGUUGAUCAUCAAAUUAAACCAACUGCAUCAGUUGAGAAGCCGAAAACAGUUGGCAGUAAAAAGGUAGUUGCAAAAGAUGGUAAGAGUAUUGAAGAACUGUCUUCCUCUUUUAAGAGUGGUCUAAAUUUGAGUGUCUCAGAAAAAGAGGAGGAGCCAAGAAUCGAGGAAGUAGCUGAAUCUUGCGACGCUGUGCUCAAAACCCCUCUUGACCCUUUUGAUAAGAAAACAAAUGUUCAUUUCGUCUCCAUAUCUGAAAGACAAUGUGAUGUUGAAAAGAACAAUUCUGAUGGUGCUUCCACUUCCAAUGUAGAUGCAGCCAAUGAUGAAGAUAAAGUCCAAAUGGAAAAAACAACCGGAUCAUCCAAGAAUAAACCCAAGUCUUCUCUUAAAGCUGCUGGUGGAAAGAAACUUAGUCGCUCUGUUACUUGGGCGGAUGAGAAAAACAACAGUUCCGGGAGUAAAGAUCUUUGUGAGGUUAAAGAAUUUGGAGACGCCAAACAUAAAUCUGACUUGGUAGAUGAUACAGAAGUUGAUGAUGAUGAAGAUAUGAUUCGUCGCACAUCUGCUGAAGCUUGUGCAAUGGCAUUGAACCAAGCAUCGGAAGCAGUUGCAUCUGGAGGAUCCGAUGUUGCUGAUGCUGUUUUGGAAGCUGGGCUCAUUAUUUUGCCACCCCCACAAGACGGCGUUGAGAAAGAGAUUAAGGAGAAUGUCGAUAUGGAAGAAACUGAAUCGUUUACUGUGAAAUGGCCACAAAAGCCUGGAUUUCCCGAUGUUGAUUUGUUUGACAAUGAAGACUCAUGGUUUGAUUCUCCACCUGAAGGUUUCAGUUUGACAUUAUCACCUUUUGCAACCAUGUGGAAUGCACUCUUUACAUGGAUAUCAUCUUCUUCUUUGGCAUAUAUAUACGGGAGUGAUGAAAGUUCUCAUGAGGAAUAUCUAUCAGUUAAUGGGAGAGAAUAUCCAUGCAAAAUCGUCUUGUCAGAUGGUAGAUCAUCUGAAAUAAAGCAAACUUUAGCCAGUUGUCUUUCUCGAGCUUUACCAGCAGUUGUUGCCGAGCUCAGGUUACCAGUACCAAUAUCAACCUUGGAGCAAGGGGUGGCAUGCUUGCUGGAUACAAUGUCAUUUGUGGAUCCUCUUCCGGCUUUCAGAACAAGGCAAUGGCAAGUGGUUGCUCUUCUGUUCAUCGAUUCAUUGUCCGUUUGUAGAAUACCUUCUGUGACCUCAUACCUGACAGAUAGGAGGCCCUUGUUUCGCAAGGUUUUGCAUGGUACCCAACUGGAUAUGGAAGAGUAUGAGGUGCUGAAGGAUCUCAUGGUACCACUUGGCCGCGCGCCUCAAUUUUCUUCCCAAAGUGGAGCCUGAUCACAUGAUGCAACUUCAACUAGAAUUGAUCAUCUUCAACAACUGAAUUCUGAGGAACUUACAAUGAUUUGAGUGCAAUCUUUUUAUUGUUUCUUUUUUUGGGGAAAAAAUUGCAUUUCAAGCAUUGCAGUGAUUGGAAAAUUCUGUUUAUAUAGACUUAAAACCAAGAUACUUAUAUGUUGGCACUUAUAAGAAACCCAAGCAAGAUUGGAAUCAGAUUUUAGUAUGACUCAAUUCUAUUGAGAGUGAUGAAUGAAAGAUUGAUUUUUUCAA